UCUGUUUCUGUUUCUCUUUCCCCACUCUCUCUCACUCUCCACAAUGAACUACAUUUUCUUCAUUUUCUCCCUCCUGGCUGCCGCCGCCGCCACCGUCGCCGCCGCACGCGGCGGCCACAACAUCACCAGAAUCCUAGCCAAGCACCCUGACUUCUCCACCUUCAACCACUACCUCUCCGCCACUCACCUCGCCGACGAAAUCAACCGCCGCCGCACCAUCACCGUCUGCGUCGUCGACAACGCCGCCAUGUCCGAUCUCCUCUCCAAACACUUCUCCCUCCCCACCAUCAAAAACAUCCUCUCGCUCCACAUCUUCGCCGACUAUUUCGGCGCGAAGAAGCUCCACCGCAUCGCCAAGGGUUCCGCCACCACCUCAUCCCUCUUCCAGGCCACCGGAGAGGCCACCGGAAUGUCGGGGUACGUUAAUAUCACCGUCCACAAGGGCGGUAAAGUCGGUUUCUCCCCCGCCGACGACGGCGGCGACAGCCCGAUGGCGUCGUUGGUUAAAUCCGUCGAGGAUCUGCCGUACGACAUCUCUGUCAUUCAUAUCAGCCACGUUCUCACGUCGCCGGAGGCCGAAGCUCCGACCGCCUCCCCGACCGACCUCAAUUUAACUUCUCUAAUGGCGAAGCAAGGCUGCAAAUCCUUCGCCGACAUGAUAACCGCCCAAGGCGGCGUCGAGGAAACUCUCCGGCUAAGCCUCGCCGCCGGUCUCACCGUCUUCUGUCCAUCGGACCAAACCCUAAAGUCCUUCAUGCCUGAGUUCAGGAACCUCUCCGGCGACGGGAAAACUGCGCUGUUGCUUUACCACGCGAUGCCGGAGUACAAUUCGUUGGGGACGCUCCGAUCCAGCAACGGAUUGAUCAAUACUCUGGCCACCGAGGGCGGCAAGAAGAAGUACGAUUUCACGGUGGAGAACGACGGCGACGACGUGAAGAUUCAGACCAAAGUUGUGACGGCGACGAUUAAAGGAACUCUCGUCGACAAUGACCCGCUCGCGGUUUACAAGGUCGACAAGGUUUUGCUGCCGAGGGAGCUGUUCAAGGUCGCUCCAGAAGCAAUGUCGCCGACGUCGAAAUCCGCCGCCGACGAGAAUGAUUCUGAAAACUCCGGCGACGAUGAUGCGCCGGCGGAUGACAAUUCGAGUCGCCGGAGGAUUGGGAAUGCGGUGCUGAGUUGCAGUUUGAUUUUUGGAGUAUUAAUAAUGGGGAUUUGAUUUUUAAAAAAUAAUAAAUUAAAAAAAAAAAAAAAACUGGUUUUUUACGAAAACAAAAAGUAAAAAAUAAAAAAUUAAAACAUUACAAAAUGUAAAAAAUAAAAAAAAAAUCAAUAUCGUGUGUCCUUUUCAAUUAUAUACCCCUUUUGUUUUCAACAUGUAUUUU